GGCCCGGCCUUCGUGACGAGCGGGGCGGCGGGUCCGGGGGCCGGGCUUGGACGCAGCCGCGGGGCUGCGUGGGUCGGCCCCGCAGCCUGCCGCCGCCCGAAGGCUGCCGCGUAGCCCCGGAACCGCGCCCGCCGGCCAAGAUGAUGUGCGAGGUGAUGCCGACCAUUAGUGAAGCGGAAGGCCCCCCAGGAGGAGGUGGGAGCCAUGGGUCAGGCUCCCCUUCACAGCCAGACGCUGAUUCACAUUUUGAGCAGCUCAUGGUAUCCAUGCUGGAAGAACGAGAUCGCCUUCUGGACACAUUGAGAGAGACGCAAGAAACACUGGCGUUAACCCAGGGGAAAUUGCACGAGGUUGGUCAUGAAAGAGAUUCCUUGCAGAGGCAGCUCAACACUGCACUUCCACAGGAGUUUGCUGCGCUCACGAAGGAACUCAACGUAUGUAGGGAGCAGCUUCUCGAGAGGGAGGAGGAAAUCGCUGAGCUGAAGGCAGAGAGGAACAACACCAGGCUGUUGCUGGAGCACCUAGAGUGCCUUGUGUCCAGGCACGAGCGCUCUCUGCGGAUGACAGUGGUGAAGAGGCAGGCACAGUCGCCUGCAGGCGUGUCCAGCGAGGUGGAGGUGCUGAAAGCACUGAAGUCACUGUUUGAGCAUCACAAAGCCUUGGAUGAGAAGGUACGAGAGCGACUACGAGUAGCUCUGGAGAGGUGCAGCUUGUUAGAGGAGGAGCUGGGUGCCACCCACAAAGAGCUAAUGAUUCUUAAAGAACAGAAUAAUCAGAAGAAAACACUAACAGAUGGAAUGGUUGAUGGGAACCAUGAACAGGAAAACACACCAAGCACCAAUGGCAAGAGAUCUUCCGACGGCUCCUUGAGCCACGAGGAUCUUGCCAAAGUGCUGGAGCUGCAGGAAGUCAUAGACAGGCAGGCAAGAGAGCAGAGCCAGAUGAAGGAGCGCCUGGCCUCCCUGUCUAGUCAUGCAGCAGAGCUGGAGGAGGAUCUGGAUACAGCUAGAAAAGACCUUAUCAAGUCUGAAGAGAUGAAUACGAAACUGCAGCGAGAUGUCCGUGAAGCAAUGGCCCAGAAGGAGGAUAUGGAGGAGAGAAUCACCACCCUUGAGAAACGCUACCUCGCAGCACAGCGUGAAGCCACGUCUGUGCAUGACCUCAAUGACAAACUUGAAAAUGAAAUUGCAAAUAAAGACUCCAUGCACCGACAGACAGAGGACAAGAACCGCCAAUUGCAAGAGCGUUUGGAGUUGGCAGAGCAGAAGCUGCAGCAGACCCUUCGCAAAGCUGAGACGCUGCCUGAGGUGGAGGCUGAACUGGCCCAGAGGGUGGCUGCACUCUCCAAGGCUGAGGAGAGACAUGGCAACAUUGAAGAAAGGCUGCGGCAGAUGGAGGCACAGCUGGAGGAGAAGAAUCAGGAACUGCAGCGGGCAAGGCAGAGAGAAAAGAUGAACGAGGAACAUAAUAAACGCUUGUCUGACACUGUGGACAAGCUGCUCUCGGAGUCCAAUGAGAGGCUGCAGCUGCAUCUGAAGGAGAGAAUGGCGGCGCUGGAGGACAAGAAUUCUCUACUACGGGAAGUUGAAAAUGCAAAGAAGCAACUGGAAGAGACACAACAUGAUAAGGACCAACUUGUCCUGAAUAUUGAAGCCCUGAGGGCCGAGCUGGACCAGAUGAGACUGAGAGGCCCUUCACUUCAUCACGGCCGACCCCAUUUGGGCAGCGUCCCGGACUUCAGGUUCCCUGUGGCAGACGGGCAUGUGGAUGCUUACAGCACCAGUGCAGUGUUGCGGCGACCCCAGAAGGGCCGGCUGGCAGCGCUGCGGGACGAGCCCUCCAAGGUGCAGACCCUCAAUGAACAGGAUUGGGAACGGGCCCAACAAGCCAGCGUCUUGGCAAAUGUGGCACAGGCAUUUGAGAGUGAUGUGGAUGUAUCUGAUGGUGAAGAUGACAGAGAUACUCUGCUCAGCUCAGUUGAUCUGCUGUCACCCAGUGGUCAGGCUGAUGCACAGACAUUGGCCAUAAUGCUUCAGGAGCAACUGGAUGCCAUCAACAAAGAGAUCAGGCUGAUACAAGAAGAGAAGGAGAAUACGGAGCAGCGGGCAGAGGAGAUUGAGAGCAGAGUGGGCAGUGGAAGCUUGGACAAUCUUGGUCGUUUUAGAUCAAUGAGUUCCAUCCCCCCCUACCCUGCUUCCUCGCUUGCUGGCUCUUCUCCUCCAGGCAGUGGUCGGUCCACCCCGAGAAGGGUCCCUCACAGUCCUGCCCGGGAGGUGGACAGGCUGGGUGUCAUGACUCUGUUGCCAGCUUCCAGAGAAGAGGUACGAGACGACAAAACGACGAUAAAAUGUGAAACCUCUCCCCCCUCCUCCCCGAGGCCCCUGCGCUUAGACAGGCUGCACAAGGGCGCACUGCACACGGUCAGCCAUGAGGACAUCAGGGACCUGAGGAACUCCACAGGCUCCCAAGAUGGUCCAGUGAGCAACCCUAGCAGCAGUAAUAGUAGUCAGGACUCCCUCCACAAAGCCCCAAAGAAGAAGGGCAUCAAGUCCUCCAUUGGCCGCUUGUUUGGCAAGAAGGAAAAAGGCCGGCCUGGUCCACUGGGGAAGGAGUCACCAGGACAAGCUGGUGUUUCAGAGACAGAAAAUUCAUCUCAAGAUGCCUUGGGACUCAGCAAACUGGGAGGACAAGCUGAGAAAAACCGUAAACUUCAGAAAAAGCAUGAGCUCUUGGAAGAGGCCCGCAGGCAGGGUUUGCCUUUUGCACAGUGGGAUGGGCCCACGGUGGUGGUAUGGCUGGAGCUCUGGGUUGGGAUGCCUGCCUGGUAUGUGGCUGCUUGCCGAGCAAACGUCAAGAGUGGUGCCAUCAUGUCAGCCCUGUCAGACACCGAGAUCCAGCGGGAGAUAGGCAUCAGCAACCCUCUGCACAGGCUGAAGCUGCGGCUGGCCAUCCAGGAGAUUAUGUCACUAACCAGCCCUUCUGCCCCACCCACAUCCAGGACGCAGACGCUAGCAUAUGGGGACAUGAACCACGAGUGGAUUGGCAACGAGUGGCUACCCAGCCUAGGCCUGCCGCAGUACCGCAGCUACUUCAUGGAGUGCCUUGUAGAUGCCCGGAUGCUGGACCACCUGACCAAGAAAGACCUGCGAGGGCAGCUGAAGAUGGUCGACAGCUUCCACAGAAACAGUUUCCAGUGUGGAAUUAUGUGCCUGAGAAGGUUGAAUUAUGACCGAAAAGAACUGGAAAGAAAAAGAGAAGAGAGUCAGAAUGAGACAAGAGAUGUUCUUGUUUGGAGCAAUGACCGGGUGAUUCGCUGGAUCCUGUCGAUUGGCCUUAAAGAGUAUGCCAACAAUCUGAUCGAGAGCGGUGUUCACGGAGCACUUCUAGCCCUGGAUGAGACUUUCGAUUUCGGUGCCCUGGCACUGUUGUUACAGAUUCCAACGCAGAAUACACAGGCUCGAGCUGUCUUGGAAAGAGAGUUCAACAACCUUUUGGUCACAGGUACUGAUCGGAGGUUUGAUGAGGACGAUGAGAAAAGCUUCAGGAGAGCACCUUCAUGGAGGAAGAAGUUCCGACCGAAGGAUAUCCGUGGCCUGGCCUCUGGCUCUGCAGAAACAUUGCCUGCCAACUUCCGGGUCACCUCCUCUAUGUCAUCUCCCUCUAUGCAGCCAAAGAAGGUUCAAAUGGACGGUAGUGUGUCCGGAGCACAGAGGCUGGACUCUGCCACAGUCAGGACUUACUCCUGCUAGAGCCUCCUGCUGUUUACCCGCACUACUUCUACAGAUGACGACACCAUGGCAGAGACAGGCAGAGCUUGGUGGAGCCCCAUCUGGCAGCACUUGCUGUAUGGACCCAAGAUAUUUUAUUACAGAGUUUUUAAACUUGUGGGAAAAAAAUCACAAAUACCAUAGAGAAAAUAUUUUAGAAUUGACUGUUUCUUAUAUUUAUGUAAACUUACACUUCCUCAUUUAUAUAGUUAUGUACUCUUUCAUGUAUAUCCAGGCUAUAAAUAUCCUUUUGAGUCAGUUCAUGUUCUUAUACCUAAUUUUAGUCUUUUAAAUGAAUGUACUGUAAUGCUUGUGUGUAAAUCUGAGCAAAUAUAGGGCUUUUGUAAAUUAUGCAUUUACUGUAAUUAUUCCUGUUUAAUUUUUUAAUGAUGAAUCCGACAGAGGAAAGGAUUUUGCUACGUUUAUAAAGUCAUCAUGAUACAAGCCAUGUGCGUUCUCCUCUACCCAGCUCUGCAACAAUCAUUCUGAAACAAGCAGACAGACUUUAUUUCCUAGACUUUUUUCUGUCGUAUUUUAAUGACUGACCUUAAUUGUACUUUUUCUACAAGAAAUCUCAGCUUCCAUUAGGCUUGGGAUGAAUGGUCAGGACUCUGUGAACAGCCCUUAACCCUGGCCACAUCCCUGGCCCUGCUUUGGACAUGGGUCGAUUGUCUUCAGAGACUGAGCAGGGCCUUGAGCUAGGAGAAGCACUCUACAGGGGCAGGGUGGCUCAUCACCUACGGACUGAGCAACCUAUAGAACCUUGCAGCUGCCUCCCUCCACUCUCUUCAAGGACCAAUCACCAUGGGCAGGUGCUCAUUUCCUGACUGGGGCAGAGCAGGUGAAAGCAAGAAACCUCAGCGGAGCAGGCAGCCUGCAACUCCAAUAAAGGCCUUAUUCUUCUUGUGUAAA